CAGUUACGGCAGCAGCGGGCAGACGAUCAUCAUCAACUAUCCAUCCAUCCAAAGUGCAAAGACCUUUCAGCUACGUAGCUACUCUCUCGACCAUCCUACAUCCACAUCUUCAAGCUAGAAAGAUAGUCCAGGCUACCAUUUGCACCAGAAGAACGAGACUUGUUCAAGAUGGCAACGAGUGAUAAAGUCUUGGGCACGAUCAUGCUCGCCGUAGCAGCAUUCGUCUUCACCUACUACACCUUUUGGGCGCUCCUCACGCCCUUUCUGUCACCAACCUCACCCCUCCUGGCCUUGUUCCCGCCUCGGGAAUACGCCGUCGCCUUUCCAGCCAUCCUUGUACUUGUCGGGGGAUCAGGAGUAGCAGCGUUCAUCGGGAGAGUGAUGAUGAAGGAAGCCAGGAAGAGGAGGAUCAGGGAGGGAAAGGCCGCAUGAUCUGGAUAAAGGGGGAGGGACUUGCGAUUGUGACGCAAAGGCUCGAGCCGGGAACCAUGGACACAUUCUUCGAGAUUUCUGGCCCUCCG